CUGAGAGCCCAGGGGGCAAGAGGGGCUGGCUCUCAGCCCCCGCCUCGCGGGGGGUGCCUCACCCCCCUGCGAGGGGGGUCCUGAGACCCAGGGGGGCAAGAGGGGCUGGCUCUCAGCCCCCGCCUCGCGGGGGUGCCUCACCCCCCUGCGAGGGGGGUCCUGAGACCCAGGGGGGCAAGAGGGGCUGGCUCUCAGCCCCCGCCUCGCGGGGGGUGCCUCACCCCCCUGCGAGGGGGUCCUGAGAGCCCAGGGGGGCAAGAGGGGCUGGCUCUCAGCCCCCGCCUCGCGGGGGGUGCCUCACCCCCCUGCGAGGGGGGUCCUGAGACCCAGGGGGGCAAGAGGGGCUGGCUCUCAGGCCCCGCCUCGCGGGGGGUGCCUCACCCCCCUGCGAGGGGGGUCCUGAGAGCCCAGGGGGCAAGAGGGGCUGGCUCUCAGGCCCCGCCUCGCGGGGGGUGCCUCACCCCCCUGCGAGGGGGGUCCUGA